UGGUGGAACAGGCGGGCGCUUAAACGUGUAAUAACGAUUUGCUUUCCCACGGUAUGCUGUUUGUCCCUGCUGCGCUCUGUAGGUGAAGGGUCACACAAAUUCAAGAUGGCGGCCACCUUGACUAGAGGACUAUCAGGUAUAGUGAGACCUCUGACUCUGCUCGGCCAGUCCUGCAUUAACCACGCAGUCAGAGCGCCGCUGGUUCUUCCUCGCUUCUCCACACUUAUUCAGCGACAGUUCAGUUUCAAACCUUCUCAUAGUGCAAGUGUUCUUCAGCAGCAGACCCUACUGCAACGAGUCUCUCCUCUCAUACCAACGCUGAUGCAGCAGCCCUGUAGAAAUGUGACAUAUUUUAGUGUAAAGAAGGGCAAGAGGAAGACGGUUAAAGCCGUGGUGGACAGGUUCCUGAGACUGCACUGUGGCCUGUGGGUGAGAAGAAAGGCCGGUUACAAGAAGAAGCUUUGGAAAAAAUCAGCAGUGAGGAAGAAGCGUUUAAGAGAGCACGUGUUCUGCAAUAAGACUCAGUGCAAGAAAUUAGACAAAAUGACGACCUCCUUUUGGAAGCGAAGAAACUGGUACCUUAACGACCCUUACCAGAAAUACCACGAUAGGGUGAAUCUGUAAGGGUUCUUCACCCAGCUUAUAUGAGAAAUGUACUGUUCUGUGAAGAAAACGUUUCCUUGUAAAGUGUAUAUCAAUGAUUUAUUAAACUGAUCACCCUGAACCACAAGAGAGAAUACAGUUCAACAAACAGAACAUCAGUGAAAAUAUUCAUGUAAUUUAAAAGCCAGUGUUCAUGGAUGCGUUCUGUAUAAAGAGCCACGAUUCUUGAAAUAAACCUUUUUUCUGACUUGUUCGUCAGAAAGGGAAGGAAAUGAAA